AGGAAGUUAAAAGGGAGCAAAAAAAAUCGUGCUAGAAGGCUUUUUCCAAACAUUUUUAUGUGAAAAUCAUACAUAAGUAAUGCCAAUUUAGUCUCUUGCAGUUAAAUGUUAUUAAUAUUAAUUUUGCAUUGUUUUGUUCAAUCAAUUACGUAACAGAAUUCACCACAUUGAUUUGUAAACAAAAGUUCAUGAAAAUGGGGAACGAAGUUACUUAUUUUAUCGGACUGGUCCUUUAUCUACAAAUCUCUUUCACAAAUGCUGAAGCAGAAUGCAAGUUUUGGAAUGAGCUGGCUCAUAACAUUUCCGAAGGGCAAGAUUCAAUGGGUGGUUUGGUGAACCUUGCGUGUAACAGCUCUUGUACGUCCAUCGACUGUUCAGGACGAGUCAACGCCUCGCACUUUGGCAUGUCAUAUAUGGACUUUACAUUUUGUAUGGGCCUGCGUCUUGACAACUGCGUGAGCCCUAUCAGUCUCAGCUACUAUAUGAAUCUUCCUGGGGUAAACUACUCCAGGGAAGGGACUGUCAACCACAACGAUGAAUAUCAAGUGCCAAUGCCAAGUUCUGUGACCCGGUUGGGGAGGGCAACGGCGGUUAUAGACGUGCAGAUGGUCCAGGUGAAUGCCACUCAUCUCAGAUUUGGGAUCGAGGGAACCAUAAAGGUGAGCGUGGCCGAAGGACUGCCUUAUUUCCCAUUUAGGCAAGAGACAGUGAUUCCCCCAACCCUCAUUGAUGUUCCGCCCUGCGGCAGCUCGAACCAAUCGUUGAUUCCAUAUCGAGAAAAGGGAAAAUGCACUUUUGUUCCACCAAAGAAAACAGGUACAACCAAGGCACCAGUUCCAACCACCCCUCCUGUGAUCAAGUCAGCUACCUACGGCAAGUCAUGUGAGCUUGGACUGCUUUACAAAUGCUCUGACAACGAAAUGUGUUCUGGAAUAGGCAACAGCAAGUCUAAAAAUGGUCAGUGUGUGUGUGACGCAGAAUCAUUUCUGAAUCCUAGGUCCGGCUACUGUGAGAAGAAAACUUCCAUAAUUGUGUCAACGCUAGCGCCAAAGAUAAUCACAUCUGCCGUACCAGGCGUUACCAUGGAGAACAAGUCAAAGGACAAACCUGAAGUAAAGAGUGCUGGUGGGAUCAGCAAAACAGGUGUCAUCAUUGCUGGUGUUGCUGGAACUCUGCUGCUGAUCGUUGUUGCAGUCAGCGUCAUCAUCUUCAUUGGGCGUCGUAAACGUAGGGCGAACUAUCGAGAUAGACACCAACUCCUAAGUGACGAUGAUGAUGAUGAUCCCAAUGUUGUUAUAUAAACUGGAACAGACAAUUUGAUUUUCUAUGUGAUAUGAAUAUUUUGUUGUUGUAUACAUGUAAAUGUGUAUGUGUAUGGCUAACAAACGGGCAGUCAGUUGGUGUCAAUUUGUCAGUCCUACAUGAUAAACACAAUGACAUGGAAAAUGUUAUAACUUUUUAUUUUGCAUAUGAGAUUGAAAGAUCAAUCCCUGGCCAUUUAUGAUCUGGGCUGUAUUCAAUGACCCCCUUAGAUUUCACUUAAUUACAAGAUUAGAAUCCAAAGAGUUUUGAUUGGACUGUAAAAAUAACUGGCCAAUAAACUUGGAUGGAAACACUGAGGUGUAUCUGAGGACAAUGAUCAGUAGACUUCAUAUUCAUUACACACUUGGUAUUAAUCCUGAGUGUUUUCAUUGGCUAAUUUGUUAAUCUUAUGGUCCAAUCAAAACAGCCAAAAUUCAUUUAAUAAGUUGAAUCUAAGAUGGUUAUCAAAUACGGCCUCUUUACUUUUUAUUUACCGAAUUACUUUCAUCAAGAAUGUGCAGUUUUUUUGCAAUUGUUGUUUUGUUUGUUAAUAUUAAUUUUGUUUAUUAGGAUAAGUGUACAAAUACUCAUUUAACAUUUUUUUUUGACUGGAGCUUGUCUGUAAAGAUUUAAAGUAAACUUCAAAUAUAUAAUGUGCAGGCUGCAUUUACUUACUAGUUAGAUUUUUGUUUAGUGUUAAUAAGUUCCAUAUUUAGUGUACGCUGUUAGUUUUUAUUUUGCUGAUUUUGUUUUUGGGAAAAUGAUGUUAUUGGAAAAAGGCAAAACAAACAUAAGUUUGUGGCUCCUGUAAAAUGCUGACAAUUUUCAAGACUAUUUAGGUGGCGGAAACAAUUUAUUUUGUAAAAUAAUUUUAUUGUGCAAAAAGAGUGUAUGUUGUUGUAAUGUUUACAUACACAAACAUUCUGACCAUAAUGCUGCUAAUGCUGCCAAAAAAGUAAAGGAAUACAAUUAAACUGUAUCACCCUACACAAAUUAAAGUGCCACAUCGAUAAUAUUUCUUAUCAUAAUAAAUAAAAUCAAAAUAAAAUCAAAAUACUAUUUUUACCCAAAGAAUGAUUAAUUUGGGAAUUAAGAAUAGUGGGGGUCAGGUUAUCAUAAACAUACCAUCUUUUAAGUUUGGCCAAACAUACCUGGUACAUGAUUAAAUAAAAUACAUAUGCCCCGGUACAUGAUAUUUUUCACUGUACCUGUAUAUUGAAAUGCCUUUUGAGUGAAAUCCAUCUUUGCUUUCUAUCAUAUUGUUAUCAUGUUUGGUUUUGGAUGUUUUUUAUAUUCUUUUUCUUUGAACAAAGUUACUUUGUAGAUACAAAUAGUGUAAAGUUAACUUGAAUUGCUCAUUUUAGGCUUACAAGUGUAGCAAGUGUAUGUCAUCUGAGCAAUAAUGCAAUAUUACAUAUUUCAUAUAUUCCAUGCGUAAUGUUCUUAUUUGUUUUCAGAACCUAAGGACCUGAAUUGACUUAGUUCAGGAAUGACAAAGUUCAGGAGUGACCCUGAAAUCAGGAUGUAGAAGGUUUCAAUUUCAGGCACUUGUAGGGGUUCUUUUGCUGGAAACUUGCAUUACCUUGAAAGUUGAAACAAUUCACUCUGGGAACAAUUUAAAAAGGGCUCCAAGCCCCUAACUUGAAUCAAUCAAAUUAAAACUAAAUUUUUGUGAUAUUUGAUCUUUGUAUAAAAUUUGUUUUGUCUUACUUGCCUAUGUUUCACGUUCUAUUCACAUUUUAUCUGUGUUGAUGGCCAAUUGGUCUGCAUAUUAGAAUCAGGAUCAGAGGAUCGUGGGUUCAAUCCACUUGUAGAGCUUUGUUAAUGUUUACUACUGGUUAUCACCAAGGAAUGGUAAAUGGUUCUUCAUGUACAUAACUGAUUGAAAAACAACAACAUUGUCACAUUUAAUGCAAGAACUCAAUAUCUGCUUAUAUCUCUAUAUGCAUUUAUAUGAGUUAUUGCACUAAGCAAUGAUUACUGUACAUAUUGUUUGUUGCUUAAAAUCUCUGUGUAUAUAUUCAUGCCGUGAUGUAAAACAAAAUUUUGUUGUCCUUAACUUUACAAAUCUUAGAAAUCUCACUUUCUUUAUGUGCUUGUUGUUAUGGUAUAAAAAAAAUUCUCAUUUUCACUGAUUGCAGAUCUGAGUGAAAACCAAUGCUGGAAAUUUGGGCUUUAUACAAUCAUGUGUUAUGAUGUGUGUAUUUUGUUUAGAACGAUUAAAUGUUUUGAGACCAGUAUAAAUUGGUCUAAAGAUAAUAAAUCCCUUAAUUGUAAGUUUAAAAAUAACUGUUACCAUGGCCAUAUGUUAACUCACAAACUGUUAAAAAUAUUAACAUGAACCUUUGUACAAAUGUUACCACGGUGCUCUUGUUUCUUUUGUUUUCCCCUAUUGUUUGCAUGCAAUUGUCAUGUGUGUUUGAAUUAAACUAAUAUAUUAAUUCGCUCAUUAUUUCAGCUGAAUCUCAACUUGUAUACACUCUUCAUCAGUCAUAAUUAUAAUUUUGUUAAUAUUUGUCAUGUUAAAAUAUGUUUUUGUGUCAUAUGUCCAACUAUUUAAUAUGUAUCUAAUACCAAUGACUUGCUGCUGAGAUCUACUCUGGACUCGGCAUUGUUACGUAUGUUUUCCUUGAACUUACCUUUACUUUAGAAUUGCAUAAUUAUUAUUAAGGCUACAAUUAAAUAAUACUUUUUGAUGUGGUGGUUAGGUAGGUAGCUUGAUUUUUUAACUUCCUGACCCCUUAAUGCUGUUAAGAUUUUAAGCUUUAUACAGGCACAUGUAUGCUUUAUUUAAGAACGCUUUAUUUAUAAUGUAUUGACACAAGUUUAAAAAUGAUUUGUAACAUUAUUAUCAACAUAUCAUUUUUAUAAUCAAAUCAUAUUACUAUCCAAGUUGACUCAUGAUUUUAUUUUUUAUUUUAUUUUACAUUAAUAUUUCUAGUUAAGUACUUUUUUCAAGCUGAUGUGAGGCCAAAGUGAGCAAAUAGUUUGUUUAAUUGUACACAUCUGACAUUACUGGUUGUGGGUAGUUAAUUUUUUGUUGCUGUUUUUUUCAUUCUUUUUAAAUCCCUUAAAUCCUUGAUAAAAAUUGACCAGGAAACCGUUUUGGUCACAGGUAUGGGUGUAAGUCUGUUUAUUUAUUGAGUCCUAAGUACAAGAAUUAGAAAGUUUCUUCCUGUUCAAAAGGAAUUCUGUAUUUUUUUUAAUUUUGAAAUUUUCACUCCUGUUUUGUAUUUUUUUUUAAAUUUUGAAAUUGUCACUUCUGUUUUGUUUGAAUGAUUUGUAUGUUGCUGAAACCAAACUGUUUUCUUCAUUUUAUGUAUGUGUUCCACUUAUCACUUUUGCACCUUUAUUCUGUGUUGUUCCGAAUGUUGGAAAUAUUUCUCAACAUACUUUUACCUCCACUGUUUUUGAAAGGGAUUGUGAUAGCCAUGGUGAAGUCAGCCUCUGAGUGUAAAAACUGUAACCUUGGCAACAGCUAGCACCAAAAUCGCGAAUAAAAAUCACAUGAAACUUUGUAUAUAUGCUGCAGAACACAUGCACAAGUUUAAGAAAAGCCAUAACUUUGGCCAGCUAUAACUUUGGCCUUAAUGAUUGUUGAGUUAGGUCCCUUUUGCAUGAAAAACUCCAACAGAUAAGCGGUGGCAUUCGCUGGAGGUGUUCUUCUAGCCACAAUAAUGCGCGUUUUGGGAACUUUUUUAACAUUUAGAUAUUCAUUUUGUUCCCUAAACGUAGAGUCGCCAAAUUAAAAAGCGUCAAAGACUCGCAAGCGGCUGUUUAUAUGGACUAGUGUUCUUGAAUCUCCAACCUAUCAUGUUCUGUUACAUACGUUUGCAUGUUGUUAAUGUUAUACUUUAUUUCAAUAAACAGAAAACCAAAUAA